AUGGCAACCACCGAAUUCAUCAGUGUCACCUUUCCCAAUGCCUCUCACGAGCUCAAACCUAUCCCUGGCGCAGGCGUCGACGUCGACUUUCUCGUGAGGUAUGCUCGUGCUCUGGAUGAUUAUGGCUACAACUACACCCUCAUCCCUUACGGCUCCACUGGUUUCGACCCAUUCACCUUGGGAGCAACCAUUCUCGCAAAGACAAAGAAGAUCAAGAUUAUCAUUGCUCUACGACCAAACACAUUGUACCCGACCGUAGCAGCCAAAGCUCUUGCGACUCUUGAUCAAUUGAGCGGAGGCAGAGUGGUGGUACAUUUUAUCGCCGGAGGUAGUGACGCCGAACAAGCCAAAGAAGGAGAUUUCCUCACAAAAGACCAGAGAUACGGCAGACUGGAAGAAUACAUCAAAAUCCUCCGCCGAACCUGGUCCUCCAAAGAACCUUUCGAUUGGUCAGGAACCUACUACACCUUCAAAAACUUCCACUCCGACGUCGUCCCCAAGGAUAAAAACAUCCCCGUCUCCGUCGGCGGUUCCUCAGAAGAAGCCUAUCGUAUCGGUGGCUCUUUAGCCGACAUCUUCGGUCUCUGGGGCGAACCUCUGAAGGAAACAAAACAACAAAUCUCUCGCAUCUACACAGAAGCGGAAAAAGCAGGUCGUACAGAUAAACCUCGUAUUUGGGUGACUUUCCGUCCCAUAACCGCAGAAACCGAUGAUUUGGCUUGGGCAAAAGCACACAAAACUCUUGAUGCAUUAACCCAGCACACAGCAAACGGUCUUGGAAAAUCCGCUCCCAAUGCACCAGAACCGCAAAAUGUGGGUUCUCAACGUCUUUUGGAUAUUGCAAAAAGAGGGGAAGUGCAAGAUCGUGCAUUAUGGUAUCCUACAGUUACUGCAACGAAUGCGAGGGGUGCUAGUACUGCACUGGUGGGAAGUUAUGAUACUGUUGUGGAGAGUCUUUUGGAUUAUGUAGAGUUGGGUGCGGAUUUGAUAUCGAUCAGGGGUUAUGAUAAUUUCAAUGAUGCGGUGGAAUAUGGUACGCAUAUUUUGCCAAAGACGAGGGAGGAGAUUGGUAAGAGAUUUGGUUAG